AUGAAAACCCUUUCCGAAGAACUUCCAUUAAAGGGAUGGGACAAGUUAAUGACUGAAGUACACGAGUACUGCGUGUCCAAGGGAUAUACACCUAAAGAUAAAAAAUAUGAGGCAAUUCGUGUUGUCAAGGCCAUCAAGAGCUCGUUUUCCCCGCAUGCGUUGGAUACCGGUCUAAAAGAAUAUGUUACAACAUUGUACACUCCAGCUGAUAAGCGCAAAUUUGCUGAUAUGUUUAAAAGUAUUAAAGAAGACAUUGCAAAGGAAGCUCGUAUUGCUGCAGUGAAAUUGAAGGAGGAGAAGAAAAAGGCGUUUAUAGAACAGACUAGAACUAAGGAUGCUAAGGAACUACUCGAUCGAGAAUAUGAAAAGGCAUACAAUGAAUUAAUCAAAGCAAAUGAAAUUCCAGGCAGUGAAAAAGACCCAAAGUCACACCCAAAACCACACCGAGAGAUACACACAAAGACACAAAUAGAGACACACCCAAACCCACCCAAAGAAGCGCCCAAAAAGGCAUCCAAAAGGGCAUCCAAAAAAGCAUCUAAAAAGGCAUCUAAAAAGACAUCUAAAAAGGCAUGCCAAAAGUGCGAUGUUUCCCAAGCUGUAAAAUCUCUAGUCGUUGGUACCCAGACAACUCCCCAAAGGCCUGUAUUAUCUCUCAUCAACAAUCAUUUAAAAAAAAAUGAAAGUGUACCAAUAUCUUCCCAGACUUCUUCCGUGGAGCCCCCAAGAAAAUACUCUCCAGUCGGCUUCGCUGAGGCGGCAAAAGAAGCUAGUAGGUUUAGGUCAGACAAUCCUGACAACCUUGAAAAAUAUGAUGACUAUUUCUCAGGCAGAAAAGGCGAGGCAAAUGUCAAAUAUGCCAAAAAUCACAAGUAUUCCCCACAUGACCAGCAUGACAGGCGCGGAAAGAUCGUCAAACCCAAAUGUUACAAAAAAUGCCAAAUGUAA